GUCUUUUUGUUCUGAUUAUAUCUUCGACUUGAAGAAUACGAUUACCAUUAGGCAUUGAGUUCAAAAACCAAAGGAAUUCAAUGGGGGGUUUUGGUUUUCUGCUCAUCUGUACUAACUUGCUCCUUCUGCUGUCCACAAUUUCCUUUGCAGUUGACAGCAUUGGUCCAUCGCAGUCUAUUCGUGAUGGCACGACCUUGGUUGCAAAAGGUGGAAGCUUUGAGCUUGGUUUCUUCAGUCCGGGUAGUUCCAAGAACCGUUACUUGGGUAUUUGGUAUAAGAACAUCCCGGUCCAAACUGUUGUUUGGGUGGCAAACAGAUGCAACCCCAUUAAUGAUUCUUCCGGCAUGUUGACGAUAAACGGGAAAGGGGAUCUUGUGCUGUUGGGUCAGAAUAAGAGUGUAGUUUGGUCAACGAGCUUAGUUGAAGAGCCCAAAAGUGCAACGGUAGAGCUCUUAGAUUCCGGGAAUUUGGUGCUAAGAGAUGCAGGGGCAGGAAUCUAUUUAUGGCAAAGCUUUGACUAUCCAUCUGAUACGUUGUUACCAGGAAUGAAGUUGGGAUGGGACUCGAGGACGGAUCUAAAUCGUAAUUUAUCAGCAUGGAAAAACUCAGAAGACCCAUGUCCGGGAGAUUUCUUUGGAAAAACUCAGGACAGCUCGAGAUGGAACGUCAUAUACCCCGAGGCAUAUUUUCUUAAAGGCACUGUAAAAUACUAUCGUUCUGGCCCAUGGAAUGGCCUAAGAUUUAGUGGUGCACCAGAAUUAAUGCCUAAUCCACUUUAUAGUUUCAACUUUGUGUAUAAUGACGAUGAAGUGUACUACAUGUACACCCUUCUAGAUAAGUCUGUAAUCUCAAGAUUGGUUAUGAACCAAACCACGAGUACGCGUGAUCGCUUAACAUGGAUUGAAGCGGAAAAAACUUGGAGGGCAUAUUCAACGGUACCUAGGGACAUGUGUGAUCAUUAUGGCCUCUGUGGAGCCAACGGAAAUUGUCUCAUUGGUGAGAAUCCAGUCUGCCAAUGUCUAAAAGGAUUCAAGCCUAAGUCUCAAGAAAGAUGGAACUUGAUGGACUGGUCUCUAGGAUGUGAGCGCAAGAAGCCCCUGAGUUGCCAGGAAAAACAUAAAGAUGGGUUUAUCAAAUUGUCCGGCAUGAAAUUGCCAGAAACUACACAUUCUUGGGUGAACAAAAGUAUAAAUCUGAAGGAGUGCAGAGCGAAAUGCUUGAACAACUGUUCCUGUAUGGCUUAUACAAGCUCGGAUAUAAGAGGAGGUACUGGCUGCGCCAUCUGGUAUGGUGAUCUAAUAGAUAUCAGGCAGUUUUCAGCUUCUGGACAGGAUAUACAUGUUCGAAUGCCAGCUUCAGAGUUAGAAAAUGAUGACAAGGCGAAGAAAGCAAUUAUAGUUGGAGUUCUCGCAGGAGUAGUGUUUUCUGGAAUGCUGUUACUUGGAUGUUAUUAUUACUUUCACCGAAGAAAGACAGAAUUAAAAGAAAUAAGAGAAAGGGAUCGGAACAAUGAAGGGGAACCAGAGGGGGAACUGGAGCUUCCGGUCUUUGACCUGACCACAUUAGCAAGUGCCACCGAUAACUUUUCAAGUGAUAACAAGCUCGGAGAAGGUGGCUUUGGACCUGUUUACAAGGGGACGCUAGCAGAUGGACAGGAAAUUGCUGUGAAGAGGCUUUCGACAAGUUCUGGCCAAGGAUCGAGUGAGUUCAUGAAUGAAGUCAUACUGAUUGCCAAGCUCCAGCACCGAAAUCUUGUAAAGCUUCUUGGAUGCUGUGUUCAAGGAGAGGAGAAAAUGCUGAUUUAUGAAUACAUGCCCAACGGAGGCCUUGAUUCCUUUAUUUUUGAUAAAACCAGAGAAGAACAAGUCUUAGAUUGGCCUACGCGCUUCAACAUUAUUUGCGGAAUUGCUCGCGGUCUGCUCUACCUCCAUCAAGAUUCCAGGCUAAGGAUUAUUCAUAGAGAUCUCAAAGCAAGUAAUGUUUUACUUGAUAAUGAAAUGAAUCCAAAAAUUUCAGACUUUGGAUUGGCUAGAACCUUAGUUGGAGGAGAUCAGGCUGGUGGAAAUACAAAGAAAGUUGUUGGAACAUACGGUUACAUGGCACCUGAAUAUGCAGUCGAUGGACUAUUUUCUGUGAAAUCGGAUGUCUUUAGCUUCGGUAUAUUGAUGCUAGAGAUCAUUAGUGGAAGGAAAAACAAGGCAUUCUACAAUAAAAACAGCCAGAACCUUAUUGGGCAUGCAUGGCAAUUAUGGAACGAAGGCAGGCCUUUGGAAGUGAUUGAUACAGGUUUAGGAAAUUCGAGUUCUCUAUCGGAAGUGUUACGUUGCAUCCAUGUUAGUCUCUUAUGUGUUCAACAUGAACCUGAGGAUAGGCCUAGCAUGGCAUCUGUGGUUAUAAUGUUGGGAAGUGCUGGUGCAUUGGCUCAGCCUAAACAACCUGGUUUCUUUAUCGAAAAGAAAGCAUAUGAAGCAGGUCCGUGUUCAGAUAAUCAAACAUCUUCUACCAACGAAUUAUCAAUCACGCUUUUGGAGGCUCACUACAUCUAUAUGCUUAGCUAUCAACUACUGUUCAAAAUAAGCCUUGUCUACAAAGCAGCAAAGAUCAAAAAUGGAGGGAUGGAAUGUUUUGCUCAGUUUGCUCCGGACGCUGAGAUGCGGAGCUAUCCAGCUGGUUCUCGCCGGAAAACGCAGACCAUGGCUGCUGCCGUGACCACGACGUCGAGCCCAAUCUCCGACGACCUAAAUCUCGCGGUUCUUCCUCCCUGCUACCUCGCCAACAUUGAACUUCUUCCCUACCAUGACCACCAUGUGGGUGUCGAAGACAGAAAGAUAGACGGGGGUGGGAGGAGUCGAAGUAUUAACGAGGAAGGGUGGCUCGACGAAGCUGGCGGGUGGAUCUGGAAGAAUGGUGGCCGGCGGGAGUUGGUGUCAUCGGAAACGACUGAUCCACAAUGGUGUUCUCUUCUUGAUUAUAUCUUUAACUUGAGCGACGCCAUUACCAUUAAGGGAGAGAGCUCAAAGAACCAAAAGAAUUCAAUGGGGGGUUGCGGUUUUCUGCUCAUCGGCACUAAUUUCCUCUUUCUGCUGUCCACAAUUUCCCUUGCAGUUGACAGCAUCGGUCCAUCGCAGUCUAUCCGUAAUGGAACGACCUUGGUUUCAAACGAUGGAAGCUUUGAGCUUGGUUUCUUCAGUCCAGGUAGUUCCAGGAAUACUUACUUGGGAAUUUGGAUCAAGAAUGUCCCGGUAAGAGCUGUUGUUUGGGUUGCAAACAGAUGUAAACCAAUCAACGACUCGUCCGGCACAUUAAUGUUAGACAUAACCGGCAAUCUUGUGUUGUUUGGUCAGAAUAAGAGUGUUGUUUGGUCGACGAACAUAGUUAAACGCGCCCAAAGUGCAACGGUGCAGCUAUUAGAUUCUGGAAAUUUGGUGGUAAGAGAUGUGAAAGAUGGAAAUUCAGGAGCCUACUUGUGGCAAAGCUUCGAUUAUCCGUCCGAUACACUGUUACCAGGAAUGAAGUUGGGAUGGGACUUGAGGACCGGUCUAAAACGGCGUUUGUCAGCAUGGAAAAAUGCAGAAGACCCGUGUCCAGGUAACGUCACUUAUGGGAUUGAAAUGGAACUUGAAGCAUACCCGCAAGCAUUUAUUCGGAAUGGAACUGCAAGGUUCUACCGUAGUAGCCUAUGGAAUAACCUGACAUUCUGUGGUGCACCAGAAAAGCCUAGUUCCCGUUUCGCUUUCAACUUUGUGUACACUGACGAUGAAGUGUACUACACAUACAAACAUAAAGUUCAGAUCAUCUCAAGAAUAGUUUUGAACCAAACCGUCGGUAAAUGUGCUCGCUAUUAUUGGGAUGACAUAGAUCCACGUUGGGGGGAGUUUUCGUCGAGGCCUAGGGAGCAGUGCGAUCAGUAUCACCUCUGUGGAGCCAAUGGAAAAUGCACUUUUGACAAUAAUCAGGUCUGCCAAUGUCUGAAAGGAUUUAGGCCUAAGUCUCAAGGAAAAGGGAACUUGACCGACUGGUCUCUUGGAUGUGUGCGCAACAAACCUUUAAGCUGCCAAGAAAAGGAUAAGGAUGGUUUUCUUAAUUUCACUAGCCUAAAGUUGCCCGAUACUACGCACUCUUGGGUGAACCGAAGUAUGAAUCUCAACGAAUGCAGAGCAAAAUGCUUGGGCAACUGUUCUUGUACGGCUUAUACGAGCUCGGAUAUGAGCGGAGGUACUGGCUGCGCCAUUUGGUUUGGUGAUCUACUAGAUAUCAGGGAGCUUGUGACUGCUGGGCCGGAUCUAUAUGUUCGAUUGUCAGCGUCAGAAUUAGCUUUUGGUACUUCAUCCGGCAACCAUGAAGAAGGAAAUGAUGGUAAAUGGAAGACACCAUUGAUAGUUGUAGUUGCAAUCACAGUAGUGUUUUCAGGAAUUCUGUUGGUUGGAUACAUUUGGCGAAGGAGGAAAAACCUAAGAGAAAAAACAGAAUUAGAAGAAAGAGAUCAGAGCAAUGAAGUGGAAGGAAAAGAGAACCUAGAGUUCCCACUCUUCAACUGGAAUGAAAUAGCUAGUGCAACAGAAAACUUUUCAACUGAAAACAAGCUAGGAGAAGGUGGCUUUGGACCUGUUUACAGGGGAACACUAGCAGAUGGACAAGAAAUCGCAGUGAAGAGGCUUUCUAGAAGUUCUGGUCAAGGAUUGGAUGAGUUCAUGAAUGAAGUCGUACUGAUUGCCAAACUUCAGCACCGAAAUCUGGUAAAGCUUCUUGGUGGUUGUAUUCAUGGAGAGGAGAAAAUGCUGAUUUAUGAAUACAUGCCCAAUGGAAGCCUAGACUCCUCAAUUUUCGAUAGAACCAGAGAAGAACUACUCAUAGAUUGGCCUAAACGUUUCCACAUUAUUUGCGGAAUUGCUCGCGGUCUCCUCUACCUCCAUCAAGAUUCCAGGCUAAGGAUUAUUCAUCGAGAUCUCAAAGCAAGUAAUGUAUUGCUUGAUAAUGAGAUGAAUCCGAAAAUUUCAGACUUUGGCUUGGCUAGAAUAUUAGUUGGAGGAGAUCAGGCUGGUGGAAAUACAAACAGAGUGGUUGGAACAUACGGUUACAUGGCACCUGAAUAUGCCGUUGAUGGACAAUUUUCUGUGAAAUCCGAUGUCUUUAGCUUCGGUAUACUGGUGCUAGAGAUCAUUAGCGGAACGAAAAACAAGGGAUUCUACAAUAAAAACAGCCAUAACCUUAUUGGACAUGCAUGGCGAUUAUGGAACGAAGGAAGGCCUUUGGAAGUGAUUGACACAGGUUUACGAAAUUCGCUUUCUCUAUCGGAAAUGUUACGUUGCGUCCAUGUUAGUCUCUUAUGCGUGCAGCAUGAACCUGAGGAUAGGCCAAGCAUGGCAUCUGUAGUUAUAAUGUUGGGAAGUGAUGGUGCAUUGGCUCAGCCUAAACAGCCUGGUUUCUUUAUCGAAAAUGAAUCAUAUGAAGCAGGUCUGUCUUCAAAUAACCAAACAUCUUCUACCAACGAAGUAUCCAUUACGCAUUUGGAGGCUCGUUAAGGCUCCUUUUUUUUUAUUUUGUUUUAAAAUUGGUUUGUACUGUUAUUAAGCUAUGCAUCUCAGAUUACAUCUUCGCUGUCAAUUUAUCAACUAUUGUUCAAAAUACUCUGUAACAUUAUAAAUUUAUGACUUGGAUCCUCUUCA